AUGGCCUACAGGUUCUGCUCACACCUCAGAUUUCAUUCUAAUGGUCAUUAUUUCCCUUUCUCUCUUUUCCCCGCUAACAAUCUUAAUAUCUUUUGUCUUUGUGUGCAGGUGGCCAUUAAAUUUGUCUCAAAGGGGAAAACAGAUCGAUAUCUCCAAAGCCCUGUGGAGUCCAAGGCCGUGCCUGUGGAAGUGGCUCUGAUGCAGAUAAUGAGCCAGCCACCCGUCUGCAAGAACAUAAUACAGCUAAUCGAGUGGUUUGAUGAGCCUGAGAGAUACAUCCUCAUUAUGGAGCACCCUGACCCUUGCGUGGACUUAAAACAUUUCCUGAAAAGUCAUGGAAAUUGCGUGGAUGAAGAGACGGCCCGAGCCAUAAUGGUCCAAGCAGUGGAGGCAGCGAGCCAGUGCAGCAUGCGAGGUGUCCUGCAUCAGGACAUCAAAGGGGACAACUUGCUGAUCAACACGGACACCUUAGAGGUCAAACUUAUUGACUUUGGCUGUGGUGACCUGAUCAAGACAACGGAGAAUGACAGAUACACAGGCACGGUUCAUUACUACCCUCCUGAGUUUUCUGCGAAGGGGAAGCAUCACGCUGAACCUGCAACAGUGUGGUCACUUGGUGUCCUGUUGUUCAGGAUGGUUUGUGGAUACCUUCCCUCCGCUGACAAAGGGAUUUGGAACUUCAAGGAUGGCCUGUCUGAGGAAUGCUGUAAUCUGAUUGGCUGGAGCUUGGAGCAGAUCCCGUCCUCGAGGCCUAGUUUGCAGCAGUUCAUGCGGCAUAAGUGGUUCCAGCGCACCAUCCAGGACUAG